AAUCCUUCGUCCUUUUUAGUAUAGACCACUAAAAAUCCUUCCACCAUUAUCCUCAGCUUCAGCCACUUCCAUCUGCUGAGCUCAACCCAAGCAACAAUGGUGACAACUUCACUUUCUUCCGUACAAUCCACCAAUGUCUCUUCCACACCCUCCAUCUCGCCGCUUUCCAUAUCUUGUCUAUCUUCUUCUUCUUCAACAUCAUCUUCGUCUCUUUCUCUUCAAUUAUCCUCACUUCGGCCUACUCGCCUUCGCUCUUCCUCUAUCUCUGCCCACCCCCAUUUGACUCGAAGCCCUAAAUUGAAGGGGCUGAAGGUGAAUUGUGCAUCUGGGGAGCCGCUGAAGGUGAUGAUAUCGGGUGCGCCGGCAUCCGGUAAAGGAACUCAGUGUGAGUUGAUAGUUCAGAAGUUUGGUCUCGUGCACAUAUCAACUGGUGACAUAUUAAGAGCAGAAAUUUCAGCUGGGUCAGAAAUUGGAAACAGAGCAAAAGAAUUCAUGAAUUCUGGACGGCUAGUUCCUGAUGAAAUUGUAACUGCUAUGGUGACAACACGAUUGUCAUGUGACGAUGCAACAGAAAAGGGAUGGCUUUUAGAUGGAUAUCCGCGGACCCUUUUGCAAGCGGAAAGUUUGCAGAAGUUGCAGAUUAGACCAGAUAUUUAUCUUAUUUUAGAGGUUCCUGAUGAAAUUCUAAUCGACAGAUGCAUUGGUCGAAGGCUUGACCCAGAGACAGGGAAGAUUUAUCAUCUGAAAUAUUUUCCCCCAGAAACGGAGGAAAUUAAAGGGAGACUUGUCAUUCGGCCUGAUGACAGUGAGGAAAAGGUGAAGCAGCGUUUGGAAAUUUAUAAGCGUAAUGCAGAAGCAAUAGCCCCAGUGUACUUAAAUAUUACAAAGAAGAUUGAUGGAAGCCGUCCUAAAGAAGAAAUUUUUGAAGAAAUAUCAUCAUUGUUAUCACAGAUACAAACAGAAAAGGCUACAAAAUCGGGGAAAUCAACCCUCGGAUUCAAAAGUACUUCAACUCAGGAUAGCUGGAGAGGGAUACCAACUAGAUUGAAUAACAUUCCUCAUUCUAGAGAAAUCAGGAAAUACUUUUACGAUGAUGUGCUUGAAGCCACCAAACGUGCUGUUCAAGGCGGUAGAACUAGAUUAAAGGUGGAGAUUAAUAUUCCUGAGCUUAAUCCUGAAAUGGAUGUUUAUCGAAUAGGUACACUUAUGGAACUUAUUCGGACCAUUGCCCUUUCAUUUGCUGAUGAUGGAAGACGUAUCAAGGUAUGCAUACAAGGAUCCAUGGGGGAAGGUGCACUUUCUGGAAUGCCACUGCAGCUUGCUGGGACUCGGAGAAUCUUAGAAUACAUGGACUGGGGAGACUAUGGGGCUCUGGGGACCUUUGUCAAGAUUGGUUCAAUUGAAGACUUGACUUUCAAAUUGAUUCAUGCUCAUUUUGAAAUUGAAGGUGCAAAAGAAGUUGACCAGCAAGAUGACAUGUUUAUCUUAGUAGCCCCUCAAAACGCUGUUGGAAAUUGUAUCAUUGAUGAUAUGAAAGCGAUGACAGAUGCAGCUGGCGACCGACCUGUUAUUCUUGUAAAUCCCAGGCUCAAGGACUUACCUGGUUCGAGUGGAAUAAUGCAAACAAUGGGGCGUGAAAAAAGGCUGGAGUAUGCAGCAUCAUUUGAAAUCUGCUACUUCUUCCGGCUUCUCUAUUAUGCGGGAACACAGUAUCCAAUCAUGGGGGCACUCAGGAUGUCUUACCCAUAUGGGUAUGAACUCUACAAAAGGGUAGAUGAACCUUCGGGAAAGGAAAGAUAUAUUGAACUAUCCAAGUAUCCCAACAGGCCAUCCACAGAUGAUAUUAAUGAUGCUUUUCAAGGAAUCAAAAGAAACGAAGUGAAGAAAUCGUCAGGAAUAUGGGGCUUCCUAAGUGGAAUCUUUUGAGCAUAUGAUGAACAGUUGGGACAAGAGAUCAGCUGCAAGCAAACAACACAAAUUCAUAGGCACAAUCAUGGACAGAGAAUGAAAGCAAAUUCUGUAUGUAUUUAUACAUUGACACAAUAAAGGUACAGACAACUUCAAAUUCUGAAUGGCAAAGUAUUACACUA